UGCUGAAAAUGGCCGAACACCGAACCGAAUCCUGGAUUCGGUGCAUCCCUAGUAGGCAGCCAUCUCCGUGCAUUGUGCCUGGUCGUGCUUUUCAGUUUGGGUUUUUACUAUUGGAUGCUGUUCUCAUAUCUAUGUGAAUAAAGAUUUAGUGCGCUGUAUUCUCGAAUGGCAAAACCUAGAAAGGAAGAAGAGGCCUAGAUGGUGUAUUAACCUUUGUAUAAAUGGAUAUUAAUGAUCUCAGAUUUACUCACAUGGAGAUGGCGAUAAUCAGACAGUUCAAAUAUGUGAUCGCUCCUUAAUCCAGGUGUAUACGGCCCUCCCCACUGCAUGCCAGGGGCCCCUGAAGAAGUAUUCAAAGAUACGAAACCCGUUGGGCCAGGAGCAACACAAUAGCUCUGUAAAGUCUUUUAUAUAUUUAAUUAUUUAUUCCAAUAAAAGUAUUUAUUUAUUUCCCUGAAAUGGGCUUGAAUGUGUUAAUGCCAAAAAAGGAUAAGUGGAGACCAACCCUUCACCUGGAAGUGUGGAGAACAAGCUGAGCGCUAUCCUUUGGAAGCUGAAAGAGGUUGAUCCACUGCCUAUUGCUCAACUUCAUCUCCCAGCUCUACCUAACAAGAUCGGCGAACCGGGGCGGCGAAUACACCCGCAAGGACCGCUGCAGCAUACCGCUACUCCCAGAGGACUGAAUGCACUGUGAUUAUUCAUCUUCCGAGAAUGGUACCAGGUUUUGCCUCCACGGUUGACCCUACCCUUAUGCCCAUAGUAAACGAGGAAUAUAUAUCAAGGCAAAGAAUAAUUAACUCACAGUUCAAAUGUUAUGAGAAAAUGAAGAAAGAUUCGCCGUAUUCAAAAUCAGGUUUAUAUUGCAAUCGCACUUGGGAUGGAUGGUUAUGUUGGGAUGAUACACCUGCUGGGAAAAAUGUCACCCAGAAUUGCCCUGACUACUUUGCAGAUUUUGAUCCAACAGAAAAAGCCUCCAAGCACUGUGACGAGAAUGGAAAUUGGUUCCAGCACCCUGAAAGCAACCGCACUUGGUCCAACUAUACUCUCUGCAAUUCAUUUACCUCUGAGAAGCUGAAGAUGGCCUACAUACUUUACUAUAUGGCUAUAGUAGGACAUGCCUUGUCCGUCGUUUCUUUGUUGAUUUCCCUUGGAAUAUUCUUCUAUUUUAAGAGCCUGAGCUGCCAGAGGAUAACGCUGCAUAAAAAUCUCUUUACCUCUUAUGUUUUGAAUUCAUUGUUUACAAUUGUUCACCUUACGGCAGUAGUGCCAGAUACGGAUCUUGUGAGGAGCGAUCCUGUAAGCUGCAAAGUUCUCCAGUUUUUUAGCCAAUACAUGCUGGGAUGCAAUUAUUUCUGGAUGCUUUGUGAAGGAAUCUACCUCCAUACACUGAUAGUGGUGGCAGUUUUUGCAGAAGAACAGCAUUUACAUUGGUAUUAUCUGCUCGGCUGGGGGUUCCCUUUAGUGCCUGCGUCUAUUCAUGCAUUUGCAAGAACAAAGUAUUUUAACGACAACUGUUGGAUGAGUGUGGAAACCCACUUGCUGUAUAUUGUUCAUGGUCCCAUCAUGGCCGCACUACUGGUGAACUUGUUCUUUCUACUGAAUAUUGUCCUAGUACUUGUAACAAAGUUAAGAGAUACUCACCGGGCAGAAUCCAACAUGUACAUGAAAGCAGUAAGAGCCACCUUAAUCCUAGUGCCCUUAUUAGGAAUUCAGUUUGUCAUUUUCCCAUGGAGACCGGAUACUCGCCUUGCUGGAGAGAUCUAUGACUACAUCAUGAAUAUAUUGAUGCAUUACCAGGGGCUACUUGUUGCAACCAUCUUCUGCUUCUUUAAUGGAGAGGUACAAGGAGCCUUGAAGAGACAAUGGAUGCAAUACAAAACUCAGUGGGGCCAAAGACGACGAGAACAUUGUUCCAUGCGCUCUACAUCCUAUACUGCAACAUCCAUCACCGAAGUCCCCAUUUAUCUAUAUCAUACUGAUUCCAAUAGUGAACAAUUAAAUGGAAAAUAUGGGGACGAGUCAGAAAUCACUGCAUUAAACUCUGGAGAUACAUACGCUUAAAUCGACCUAUUUGAAGACAGACGUGCUGCUUUCAGAGAUCUAUCAACUCUCUUCCUUUCUGGAAAUCAAGCCUUCGACAAAAAUGUUAAAAAGAUGGCUGCCGACAGGAUCCCUGGUGGUUUAGAAGAGAAAAUGUGGUUUAGUGAUAUAGUAGCAAGCGCUGCUACUUCCAGAAAUAACUGUAUGAUGGAGUAGCUUACCUGGCAUUUUGAUACGUAAUGGGCACAUCCAGGUGUAGUAGAAGGAACCAGAUAUAGUAAUAUAAAUGGGUAUACAUAGAAAGCCAAACUCUUGCCAGACAGAAAUGCAUUAUUUUGUCAGCCUUGAUUAAGAGUAUAUAUUUUUUCUGCAGGAUGACAAUAUUGAAAUGACUCUCAAACACACACACGCAUUUAUAUUUUUAAAGCUUUUCUCGAUUAUUUAAUAUUUAUUAGAUAUGCGACAGCAGAUAAUGAUUUCUCCAUUCAAGUCUUUGUAAAGCACAGUUUGAAGUAUUAGACAUUGGUGCUAGAUGACAGCUAGAAUGAAUGGUCUCCGGGAUCAUUUUCAUUCCUUUCUAGUUCCCUUUGGAUACUUUUAUAAAUGGAUGUUUUUUUUCAUAAGAUGUACAGAAGUCAUAAUAUAUGAAUUGUUAAUGCUUAUUAUUACAGGAGAAGUCAUGGCCAUAUCUUAUCAUAUCUAAAGGGCAGAUUAAUCAAAGGUCGAAGUAAAAAAAUUUUUGUGUACUUCGACUAGGGAAUAGUCCAAAUUCGAUUC